AUGUCCGACGCCCGCUCCGCUGCGUCAACGUUUAACAACUUCCGCCAGCGGCAUGGAGAACAGGUGGCUGCCGGGGUCAAGAGCGCGAACAAUCUGAAUCAGAAAUACGCCAUCUCCGAUAAGGUCGGAAAAUACGCUGGACAGGUUGGCCAACAGCAGGAGGGAACCACAGGUAACGCCGGCGCGGCGCCGAGCCCGCUGUCGCCUCCGCCCGGGCUAGUAAACGCAAUCGGGAAGAAGAAGCCGCCUCCUCCCCCGCCAAAGAAGAAACCCCAGCUGAGCAGCGCACCCGCUCCGCCAGCACCAGGACCGGGUGACAAUGAUGAACCCCCUCCGAUCCCCUUGGCAACGAAACCGACGUUUUGA